AUGGAUCGUCGACACGCCUCGCGGACGCCCCCACUCGGCCCUCCCAAGCCCAACAAGCCCUCCCGCGAGAGGAUCGAGGCCCCCGUCACCUUCAAGGCCUACCUCAUGUGUGCCUCUGCUGCCUUUGCCGGCGUGCUGUUCGGCUACGACUCGGGCUACAUCAGCUCCGUCCUGGGCAUGAACCAGUUCAAGCAGGACUACGGACAUCCCGUCCCCGCCAGCGAGCCCGACGACUUCCCCUACAACUACUACACCUGGCAGAAGUCACUCGUCGUCUCCAUCCUCUCCGCCGGAACCUUCGUCGGCGCCCUCGCCAGUGGAUACCUGGCCGAUCGCAUCGGUCGAAGGACGACCAUCAUCGGACCGGGAUGCGGCGUCUUCGUCGUCGGGGUCAUCAUCCAGCUCGCCACCAAGCACAUUGUCGGCCUGGCCGUGGGGAGAUUCGUCGCCGGGCUGGGAGUCGGCUGCGUCUGCGCCGUCAACAUCCUCUACAUGUCCGAGGUGGCUCCGCGCAAGGUACGAGGCGCCAUCGUCUCCGCCUACCAGUUCGCCAUCACCAUCGGCAUCAUGAUGGCCGCCUGCGUGGGCUACGCCACCCAGGACGGCACCACCUCCGCCGCAUAUCGCAUCCCCAUCGCCCUCCAACUCCUGUGGGCCCUCAUCCUGGGCGUCGCCCUCUUCUCCCUGCCCGAAUCCCCCCGAUACUGGGUCAAGCACAACCGGCUCGACAAGGCCGCGCGAGCGCUGGCGAGAGUCCGCGGCCAGUCGCCGCACUCCAGCUACAUCGAGGACGAGCUGGCCGAGAUCGUGGCCAACUGCGAGUACGAGCAGCAGACGGGCGCCGUCAGCUGGAAGGGCUGCUUCACGGGCGGCAUCCGCCACUCCAACAGCAACAUCCGCAAGAUCUUCAUCGGCACCGCGCUGCAGAUGUUCCAGCAGUGGACGGGCAUCAACUUCAUCUUCUACUACAACGUCACCUUCUUCCAGCAGGUCGGCCUCAGCAACCCCUUCCUCAUCUCCAUGGUCACCACCGUCGUCAACGUCGCCAGCACCCCCGUCGCCUUCUACACCAUCGAGAAGUUCGGCCGCCGCCGCAUCCUCAUCUUCGGCGCCGCCGCCAUGUGUCUCUGCGAGUUCAUCAUUGCCAUUGUCGGCGUCGCGGGCGGCGCCCACAGCCAUGCCUCCAAUUACGUCCUCAUCGUCUUUGUCUGCAUCUACAUCUUCUUCGCCUCGUCGUGGGGUCCUGCAGCUUGGUUAGUCACAAUCCCCCCCUCUCUCCAUCUCACUAGUUACUAACCCUCCUUCCCCCAAAUAGGGUCCUCAUCGGCGAAAUCUUCCAACUCCCCUGCGCCCAAGUGGGCGUCGCCCUCCACGGCCUCCAACUGGUUCUGAACUGCCUCAUCGGCCUCAUCACCCCUUCCUCGUCGACCCGGACAAGGGCGACCUCGGCGUCAAGGUCUUCUUCGUCUGGGGCUCCACCUGCGCCCUCUCCGCCGCUUUCGCCUACCUCUUCAUCCCCGAGACGAAGGGCCUCACCCUCGAGCAGGUCGAACGCAUGAUGGAGGAAGUCCCCGCGUAUACGAGUCGCCGGUGGAAGCCUGUCGAUCCUUUUGCCGGGGAGGGUUCCGGUGGUGCGGAGAGUCCGAGUCCGAUGGAGGGGGUAAGGCCGGUUAAGAUGGAGGAUUCUAUUGAGAUGCGGUGA